AUGAUCAGAGAAUGGGAGAAUGGCUGUCAGAAGACUGGAAAACAGAGGGCUAGAGAUUCAAGGGCCCAAGAAAGGAUGACUACAGAGGGGAAGUCAAAUAAGAAUGGAACACCAGUCCAAGUAUUCAAUAUAAGCGAUUCCUUUCAGGAUAAAGACUCCCUGUGCUGCCAGGGGGAUCUAUGUUCUGCUUCACCAUUGGAGAUAUGGACCAAAUUCUACAAAUCAGACCCACGCAUUGCCCUCGGAAAAUACUCCCCCUUGGAAAAAGAGAUCCUACGUCUAGGUGGUGUUCACACCAUAGCAGCCAGGAGGUUCCUGACUUAUAAACAAGAGGAAGAACGGAAAAUGCUCAAGGAACUACAGGUGCUGUCUUCAGACUAUAAACGGGCGGUAGAAUAUAGAAAGCAACUCAGCCCUCCUUGUGCCCCCUGUGGACCCCUAGAAAAAAUAUGGACGGCAAAGGUGACGGUGUCCCCCGAGGAAUUCAAAAUGCCACAACGGGAGAGGCUGAACAUCAGCAAGCACAUAGAACGAAUGCAGCUCGCUCGAGCCCUGAGGAAUAAGCAGCUUUUACCCUACAUUGAAAGAUUUAGGAGCUCUUCGCUUCUGUCUGGAGGAGGCCUGGGCCUCCCGGCAAGAGGCAAAACUGGGGAAGGCAAGGAUGACCGAGACGCCGAUCACUGCGACGACGCCCAUCAAGAGAAGAGAGAUGAGGCAGAGAGCAAAACCACGGAAAGACAGGAAAAAAACGUAAUUUUCAAGUCAGAAGAACCAAAAAAAUGUGUAACGUACCAUCCAAAUGACCUAAAACCAUUCCUCCCCCGCAAAAAAGCAGAACGAUCCAUCGCUGGCUUAACAAACGGAAAUCUUUUGCACCUGGCCGAAUUCCCUGGAGACCUAAUGCUGAUGAAUCAGGAUUUUAUAUCACGGGGAAUCCACCCCAGUGAUGUGUCAAAGGCCAGCUGCCUGGAAGAAGGCAGUGCCUGGAAAGAGUACAUGCACAAAGCUGCUACCCACCAUUAUUAA